AUGGUGGCUGUUCGAUGCUCUAUUCCCAGUCCCGACGAAGAAAUCGUCUCCCUUGCCCAUAAUACCCCCAGCUCACCGUCGUCAAAGAAUGGAUUCCUUCCCUCGCCGCAAAUAAACGAUGCAGUUGUUCGAUGGUGCCUGGAUGCCUACUUCAAGCACAAAUACCCACUUACUCCCAUCCUACAUCGCCAACAGCUUGAGCAGACGCCAGUUUCGGCUGAGCAGUAUGGCCUCAUCGCAGCUUGCUGUGCCAUAAUUGCUCUAUCCCCAGAAAUAUUGCCCCCGUCGGCCACCCUAGACAAUCUCACCCUCCCAUCUUCAGAAUUCCUGAUUAGCGAAACACUCCGUUCAAGAGAAUACUGCAAUCUUAUUGAGCAUCCGUCUUUGGAUCACAUUCGAACAUCCUUCUUUCUCUAUGCGGCAUUCUUCGCUAUGGAUAAAGACAAUUCGGCAUGGUAUUAUUUGCAAGAGGCUAUAUCAAUGUUGCAAGCAUUGCGCUUGCAUGAGGAAGCAGCCUACAACAAUAGUGACGACGGUGCAUCUGCAUCAUAUGCUCGUCGCAUGUACUGGGUACUAUUUAUUACCGAGAGGGCAUAUGCAUUGCAGAGAAACAGACCAAUACGGUUACAAGACACGUUGGCGUUGCCGGUUGUUGAUCCAACAUCCUCAGAUGCUGAGAUAUUACUGGGCUUCCUCGAUCUUAUCUCACUCUUUCGCCCCUUUGAUGCCGAGUUUAUCACACAGUGGAACCUUGCGACCCCAUCGACCGCGAUAGACUCUGCACAUCUGUCAAGUCUCCAAUGCCUCCUCAAGUAUGCCCUUCCCAACCUCGCGAAUUACUCCCAGGUUCAACAGGCAGACCUCCUCAUAUCUCGCCAGUGGCUGAAAAUGGUAGUGUGGAAGCUCUGUGCAUCAAACCGAGUUCUCUCAACCACGAACAGCCAGGAUGUCAUGUCGCUGCAUUACCCCGCCAGCAUUGCACGUGAAAUCGUUCUCGUAUCCCAGCUUGUACCAACCCAAGCUUUCGAGGCUAAUGGAAUAGGGAUCCUUGAAAAGGUAUUUGAUGUCGGGUGUUCUUUGGCAGAUCUCUUGACGUUGGUGCCACUGGGAGAUCACGGAUCGGCUAUGGAUAUCGGCGUUGUCGACACUUUGAUGGAGAUGGUGAGAAUCGUAGGGACACGAUUUGGAGGAAGUUAUCGCCAUCUGAACAUCUUGGUAGAAAAGGCCAAUGGGUGUUUACUCACAAAUGUGGACCGAAGCCUACCUCUACCAGAUGAUGAAAGGUGUGCUAUUGUGGAAGAGAUCUAG